AUUUGGGGAAUUUUGUUAUUGUUAUUCGCACAUAAUACAAAAUAAUAUAUAUAUAUAUAAACAAACUUUGUGCCACACAAAUUUAGAUUUAAAAAUAAACAAAUGUGAACAAUUAGACGCAUAGACUAGAGCUUAUUGUUAUCAUAUUGACGUACACGUCUUUGCUGACCAUUUCGGGAAAUAUAAGCUCUGCGACGCGGUCAUUGUGGUCAACGGUGUUAAAUUCAACGCCCACAAAAUUAUUUGGAAUUAUGUGGAAACGGAUGUACGCAACGUUUUCGUGCGUACGCACCGUUUAUACAUGUGACUCCUGGUCCCUAGUUCUGAGGCACCUAUGUGAUAGUAUGGGGUGGGAGGUCCCUAGAUCUGGUCGAAUUUUAUUUCGGAGUUCCUGGUUCAAAAGAGUCAGAAAACACCUUAGUUCAUGCUCUCUGAAACACCCAUAUUUAUUAAACAAGUCAUAUGUGGAUUGUUUUUCAGAGCUCUGUUCGCCAGUGGCUGGAACGUGAAGGGGAAAGAUGAGUACAUCAUCCCAGGCAUUUCCCCAGAAGCCAUGAAGCUGGUCAUUGACUACGCCUACACGCACUCCGUGCUUGUCACGGCCGACAACGUGGAGAGCCUCCUGGCGGCUGCUGAUCAGUUGAAUGUCCUGGGUAUCAUGCAGCACUGCAGCAACUUCCUGCAGGACCAGCUCUGCCGUGACAACUGUGUUGGAAUUUUUAUAAUCGCCGACGUCUACCACCUCAGCGAGCUGCGGGAGUCUGCAUUCUUCUUCAUGGUGAAGAAUUUCAAACAAGUGGCCAGCUCCUCAGAGGAGUUCCUACAGCUCACUGUAGAGCAGCUUAGUAGUAUUAUUGAAGAGGAUGAGCUGAACGUUAGCCAGGAGGAGGUGGUGUUUGAGGCCAUCCUCCGAUGGAUUGCGCAUGAGCCUUCCAGCCGCAACUGCCACAUUGCUGUGCUGUUGCCCAAGGUCCGGCUGGCUCUAAUGAAUGAAGAUUACUUAAUAAGGAAUGUGAUAAACAAUGAUCUUGUAAAGGCCAGUAAGGAGUGCAGGCGCAUUGUCAGCGACGCCUUGAAGGCCGUGUACGACCUGGACAUCACCGGUCCACCCCGGUCUGACUUUGAAAACCCGCUGACCCGGCCACGCCUGCCAUCCGAAAUUUUGUUGGCCAUUGGUGGCUGGACUGAAAACCCAGCCAGUCAAAUCACGGCAUAUGACACCCGAGCCGAUCGCUGGGCAGAUAUGACGUUGGAGCACGAGACCCUGUCCUACCAUGGGUCAGUCUAUUUAAAUGGAUUUGUGUAUUGCAUUGGGGGGACUGAUGGCUUAGUUUGCACAAACAGCGUGCGGAGGUUCAGUCCUUUUACGCGGACAUGGGACCAGGUGGCCCCAAUGCAGACACGACGCUGCUAUGUGAGCGUGGCUGUGGCUGAUGGCUACAUAUACGCCUUUGGCGGCUUUGAUGGCCUCACGCGCCUCAACACAUCAGAGCGGUACGACCCGGCAUCAAAUAGCUGGACCUUCAUCCAGCCCAUGCAGGAGCGGAGGAGCGACGCCAGUGCCACCACACUGCACGGCAACAUAUAUAUGUGUGGUGGCUACAAUGGAGAUACAACCGUCCCAACCGCUGAGUGCUACGACCCAGUCACUGAGCGAUGGACCACUAUAGCCCCAAUGAGAACUCCCCGGCAUGGUGUUGGAGUCAUUUCCUACAAGGAUAAAGUCUAUGCAGUUGGUGGUACAUUCCAGUACCGGCAUUUACGGAGUGUGGAGGCCUACGACCCGGUCACUAACCGCUGGCAAGCUGUGAAGCCCAUGCAUAACACACGCAGUAACUUUGGGAUUGAAGUGAUCGAUGACCUGCUGUUUGUCGUGGGCGGCUACACUGGGUCCAGAACCACUAAAGUGGAAUGUUUUGAUGCUGAGACAGGGACCUGGUACGCCGCCCAGGACAUGUGCUGCUCCCGAAGCAGUCUGAGCUGCUGUGUAGUGCCUGCACUCCCCAGUAUGGUGGAGUACGCUGCCCCUCGUAAGCCUCUGAUUUCCACGCUGGAGAUGCCAUCAACCUCCAGCCAGUGGCGGAUUCGCGCAUGCGCAAUUCAUUUGCAGUCUGGGCGCGGAGAGAUAAACAUCUGCUCUGACUGCAGCUGGAUGGGACUGCUGCGUGAGGACUGUUCGCCUGUGACUGCUUUGAGACGGCAGAGGAGCCCACGGCAGCGCCCGCUGCUUGGUGAGAAGAGUAAGAAAAUGAAUAUUAAAGCCCAACUUGUCCCUAGUUCCGAGGCUCCUAUAGCUCUGUUCGCCAGUAGCUGGAACGUGAAGGGGAAGCGUGAGCACAUUAUCCCAGGCAUUUCCCCGGAAGCCAUGAAGCUGAUCAUCGAGUACGCCUACGCGCACUCUCUGGUUGUCACGCCUGACAACGUGGAGAGCCUCCUGGUGGCCGCUGAUCAGUUUAACAUCCCAAGCAUCAUGCAGCACUGCAGCAACUUCCUGCAGGACCAGCUCUGCCUUGAAAACUGUGUUGGCAUUUUUAUAAUCGCCGACAUCUACCACCUCAGCGAGCUGCGGGAGUCUGCAUUUUGCAAUGUCUUGAGGAACUUCAAGGAGAUCGCCAGCUCCUCAGAGGAUUUCCUACAGCUCACUGUAGAGCAGCUUAGUAGUAUUAUUGAAAAGGAUGAGCUGAACGUUAGCCUGGAGGAGGUGGUAUUUGAGGCCAUCCUCCGAUGGACCGCGCAUGAGCCUUCCAGCCGCAACGGCCACAUUGCUGUGCUGUUGCCCAAGGUCCGGUUGGCUCUAAUGAAUGAAGAGUACUUAAUGAGGAAUGUGAUAAACAAUGAUCUUGUAAAGGCCAGUAAGGAGUGCAGGCGCAUUGUCAGCGACGCCUUGAAGCCCGUGUACGACCUGGACAUCACCGGUCCACCCCGGUCUGACUUUGAAAACCCGCUGACCCGGCCACGCCUGCCAUCCGAAAUUUUGUUGGCCAUUGGUGGCUGGACUGAAAACCCAACACGACGCUGCUAUGUGAGCGUGGCUGUGGCUGAUGGCUACAUAUACGCCUUUGGCGGCUUUGAUGGCCUCACGCGCCUGAACACAGCAGAGCGGUACGACCCAGUAUCAAACAGCUGGACCUUCAUCCAGCCCAUGCAGGAGCGGAGGAGCGACGCCAGUGCCACCACACUGCACGGCAAGGUCUACCUGCAGCUGAAGUGA